AUGAUAAUUAAAAGUAUUGUUGUACAGGAAUCCUCAAAGCUAUAUCAAUACAAAAAUGGUAAACUUUUCACCUUGGCCAAAGUUUGUGACCAGUAUGAACUAUCGAAUAGAUUUGCUGCAGCAGUGACAACGGCAGUGCAACAAGACCUUGGAAUUGUUACCAAAACCAAUUCAAAAACCGUAAUAGACCGAGAGCCGGACUCUAUAUUUUUAGAUCACACAGUACCCCUUUCUGGAUCGGCUCUAAGCAUUAGUCAAAGUAUUUUCAACUUCUUAGAAAGUAAUGAAUAUAAUCUAGAAGAACUAGUGGCAGUAGGAUAUGAUGGAACCAUGGUGAAUACGGGAAAAAUUGAAGCAAUUGCUCAACUUAAAACAAAAUUAGGACGCCCGGCGCCCUUUACAAAGAUUUGUCUGCCAGCUUCACGCUAA